UCUCUCUCUACGGACGUAAGAGUCAGCUUGUUUUAGGUGUAGGUUUAAAGGUGUUUUUGAGCAUGGGAGUGUGUUUUGGGAACCCUUUCCUUUUACUCAUGGGUUUCAGUUAAAGUAGGAGGUGGUGCUGUAUGUUGUCUUCUAAAGAAGGUUUUAUACAGAUCAGGAAGACACUCUCGAUUUCUCCUUUUCCCAACUCCUCCCGUUUCUUAUUUAACAUCAUCUUCUUUCUUUCUCCUCCUUUCCCUUCCCGAAUUGGAUUUCAAAGGCUUUUAUUCUCUCAUGAAUUAUCUUCUUUCUUUGUGAGUUUUGCCUGCUUUCUCUUCUUUGCAUCUACUGAUUCUUCCUGUUGUUCUUCCUAUUCCCAAUUAGUCGAAUCGUUGUUGCCAUAUACGUACCAGUUUGCACAGGAAUAAGCAUGAUGUGCUUGACAUGCUUGGCCUUCCAAUGACCAUGUACAGGCGGUCAAUUCCAUGUGAGGGUCUCCGCGGACACUUGAAGCUAAAAUCUUGAUGCCCAUGAAGCAGCCAUGAAUACAAGUCCUAUAGGUUCAGUCAGCAGUUCCAGUCUCAUCGACGCCAAGCUCGAAGAACAACGUGUGGAUGUCUCCGAACAGUGCCCUAGGUGUGGCCACAAGCUCCAUCGCAAACCGGUAUCGACUGACUGGGUAGGGAUGCCGGCAGGCGUGAAGUUUGAUCCGACGGAUCAAGAAUUGAUAGAGCACCUGGAAGCCAAGGUGAAGGCACAAGAUCUGAGAUCCCACCCUCUGAUAGAUGAGUUCAUACCGACGAUCGAGGGAGAAGAUGGCAUCUGCUACACCCAUCCUGAGAAGCUCCCAGGUGUGAGAAGGGAUGGCCUGAGCAAGCACUUCUUCCACAGGCCAUCCAAGGCCUACACCACGGGCACAAGGAAGAGGAGGAAGAUCCAGUCUGAGUGUGACCUACACAGAGGCGAAACCAGGUGGCACAAGACAGGGAAGACAAGGCCUGUGAUGGUCAACGGGAAGCAGAAGGGGUGCAAGAAGAUACUCGUCCUGUACACCAACUUCGGAAAGCACAGGAAGCCUGAGAAGACCAACUGGGUCAUGCACCAGUACCAUCUGGGGGAGUUCGAGGAUGAGAAGGAAGGUGAGCUUGUGGUGUCCAAGAUAUUCUACCAGACCCAGCCAAGGCAGUGCAACUGGCCAUCGGAUAGGAGCCCAGCAGCAGCAGCAGCCGCCAUGGAGGGGAUGGACCAAAGAAGGGACGGUAGGAGCGGAAGCUCUUGUUCCAAAGCUGCUAGCAAGAGAGACGAGCAUUCUUCCGGGGGUGGUGGAAUCUCCGGGUACAGUAGCAUGGAGAUGCACCAUCACUUGAAGCCCGAUAACUUUAGCUUUGCUCCAUUUAGGGAAAGUUACAGUGAGGUGGUGGCCGUGGGUGAGGAACCGAAGCAAAGAGGCGAGCAUGCAGAACACGAGCACCUCGUUCGACCACCACAUCGUCAUGUGGCGCAGCAGCAGCAGCAGCAGAUGGCGCCAACCGCAGCUUUCUGCGUCGGUAGGCCUAUCAAUCCCAUCUCGACCAUCAUGUCCACUUCACUCCAGCAGACCUCGAUUGUUCUUGACGACCCAUACCAAGUCUCAAGAAUGCUUCUCCAAGCCGAUAAGUUUCAGCAGCAAGAACAACCUCGACUGCAGCAGAAGCUGGACCAUGGAUCAACCUCUGGCUUGGAAGAACUGGUCAUGAGUUGCACCUCAGCUGGAACUAAAGGAGAAGCAUCAAAGCCACAUUCCCAAGAGACAGAAUGGCAUUACACCUACUGGUCACCUGACAAUGCAGAUCACCAUGGAUGAUGACAGAAAAAGAGGAAAGCCAUGAUGCAUCACAAAUAUUGGUGAAGUUCUUACUUAUAUCACGGAGCAGAAGCAGGUUGGGAUGAAAGAGAAAGAAGAUAGUGUUCCUCAUCACCCUGCAGGUUUGGAUAUGGAGCUGAUGUCCCAGUAACUGUAGACUAACUGUACCAUAAGCUAGUUUGGGCAGAACCAAAUUGCCAACAAGUGUUCCACAAAAGGAAAGAGAAAAAGAGAAACAGAAGAGAGGGCAAGAAAAAGGGAAAAAAAUAAUAAUAAAGCUACUGCUGCUUGCUGACAGUAGAAGUAAGGGUUAGGAAAGGACACAAGUAGUUCAACCAUGAACAGAAGAAACAUUCUCAUCAUGCCCAGUAUCAUUUUACCUAAUGUUUGAUUGUUUUAAUUGUAAUUAUUGCUGGUAUCUUCUUUUCAUGCUUUGUUGUUCAUGUGUAUUUUCCCUUGCAUGUCCAAAAGGAAUUAGAAGGGAGAAAACAACAAGAAGGUUUCCUUAAAGAAGUGCUUAUUCUUAUACUA